AUGCCUGAACGACCACGAUUUGACGUGCCGGACGGCAAAGCCGCCAAAGUCAGCAUUAUCGACUCCAGCUUGAGACUGUCGGGUAUGCCGCUCACUCAUCUUAUGAAACCUGCGAUGAAGGGCCUCGAUGCGAUGCCAACACUUACAACAUGGUCGUUUCUUAUUGAAAGCUCUUCUGGGAAGAAAGCACUGUUUGAUCUGGGCGUUUCGAAGGAGCCGUUGAAGAAUUUCUCGCCAAAGUACGCUGAUACGAUAAGAAGAAACCCAAAUUGGGACGUGGAUGUUCCAAAGAAUGUUGCAGAUAUUCUGGCUGAGAAUAACGUGCAGCCGUCAGAGAUUGACAGCGUGAUAUGGAGUCAUCAUCAUUUUGAUCAUAUCGGAGAUAUCACAACCUUUCCAGGGUCAACGGAACUCAUCGUUGGACCAGGGUUCAAGGAAGCUUUUUUACCCGGUUAUCCCGCUGACCCUGACUCUCCCUUGCGUGAAGCAGACUUCGAUGGCAGAGAACUGAGAGAGAUCGACUUUGAACCCAAGUCCCUUUUGAUUGGACCAUUUCGUGCCUUUGACUUCUUCGGCGAUGGUUCAUUCUAUCUUCUUGAGACGCCAGGCCAUGAUAUUGGGCACUUAGCAGGUCUUGCUCGUACAACAACCGGUCCCGAUACGUUCAUCUUCAUGGGCGGUGAUCUAUGCCAUCACGGAGGAGAGUUACGUCCAUCGAAGUAUCUUCCAUACCCAUCAAAUCUCUCCCAGCAUCUAUCGCUCUCAGAUUCUCUCCGUCUUCACCUCUCACAAUGCCCUGGCAGUGCACUUGACGAUAUGAACGUCGAGCGUGGACGAGCCGCUGGUGAACCGUUUUUUGACCCAGCGAUUGGGUUUGAUAAGGAACUCGCGAUAAAGACGAUUAAAGAGGCGCAGACAGCAAAUGCACAAGACAACGUCUUCUUCGUCUUUGCACACGACACCACCAUGUUUGGUGUUAUCGAUAUGUUCCCGGAGCAAGCAAAUGAUUGGAAGCAGAAGGGCUGGAAGGAGAAGACUCUCUGGAAGUUUUUGAAGCGGCGCUGA